UACAAGGUCCAAGUCCACGUGUGCAUCUGACAGUGCUGUUACCAUUCCCAAAAUGCAGUUUGCAACUCAACUCCUUUUCCUUGCCGGCAGCUGGCUGGCUUCAGGGGCCCAGUGGCCCCAGGAGCCCGACCUUUCGUACAACUCACCUGUAGACCUGAGAGUCCAGCCUGCCGACCAGAAUGACCAGCAGCAGUUCAAGCAGAAGCUGGCCGUUGAGCAGCGUCCGGAGCUGACCUGGCGGUACCCCGAGCAGCCGGUGGAGCAGAGGAACCUGGCCCCUGAGUUCACCCUCCGCCAGCCGGUGGUGCCAGAGACCGUGCGGGUGGAGUGUGGAGAGCAGGUGGUGCAGGUGCUGGUCCAGAAGGACCUGAUGGGCAUCGGCCAGCUCAUCCUGGGCUCGGACAUCCUGCUGGGAAACUGCCCCCCCAGUGAGGAGCUGCUGGACGCCCAGGUCCUCGUCUUCAAGUACCCCCUCCACAGUUGCGGCAGCCAGCUGAGGAUGACGGAGGACGCCUUCAUCUACCAGUUCACCCUCCUCUACACGCCCAGCGCCGUGGGAGGGAGCCCCAUCGUCCGCACGCAGGACGUCUCCAUCUCCAUCGAGUGCCACUACCCCAGGAAUCAGGACGUGAGCAGCUCGGCCAUGAAGCCCACCUGGGUGCCCUUCAUUGCCGCGGAGGCCUCUGAGGAGAGCCUGCACUUCUCUCUGAAACUCAUGACCGACGACUGGCAGUUCGAGCGGCCGUCUGCGCAGUACUUCCUGGGAGACCAGCUCAACAUCGAGGCGUCAGUGGCUCAGUUCCAUCACGUGCCACUGCGCGUGUUCGUCGACCACUGCGUGGCAACGCUGAUCCCCAACACCAACACGGUCCCAAGAUACGCCUUCCUGGAUAACUUUGGGUGUCUGAUGGACGGCGUGCUGACCGGCUCCAGCUCCCACAUCCUGCCUCGUCGUCAGGACGACAAGCUGAGGAUCCAACUGGAGGCCUUCCGCUUCCAGCAGGAGUCCAGCGGAGUGAUCUACAUCACCUGCAGCCUGAGGGCCACCACGGCGGCCGAGCCAGUCAGCGCCACCAGCAAAGCGUGCUCCUUCUCUGACAGCUGGAGGGAAGCCGGUGGAUUCCACAACCAAUGCUCCUGUUGUGAGACAUCUUGUGGUUCUGAAGGAGCGAUGGCUCAACCCCUGGGCCAACAGUGGGAGUCGGAGAAGGCGGUUGGGCCGAUUGGCGUGGACCAGCGGCCCCUCAAGUGAAGCCUUGUAUCGCACUGACUCAAAUAAAUCUUGCAUCUAAAAUCUA